GUACAAGAAACAGCAUAACUUGUCUUUGAUGCGAAGCCAUACGUCGAUGCUGUAACAAAUUCAAAAAGGUUUUCUUCAAGUCCUCAUUAGAGAUUUUUCCUAGGUGUGUAACACCAUGUCACGUCUGAUUCCAGUAAAUCUUCACUCACCCAGUUUGCUCGUUCCAGAGCUUGAGAACAAUUUUGAAAAAUGUUUUGAGGAGUUUGAAAAAGAAGCGCGGAGGGAAAUGUUCAAAUUAAACCCAUGGGACGAGAAAAAGGAUCCGCUCGACAAAGCUCACUUUGGAAAGAACCUGCUAGAAAUUGACACGCCCUUCAUAGAAGACUCUUUUGGAAACAAGAAACUUGAUAUGAAAUUUGAUUGCAGUCAAUUCAAACCGGAAGAGAUUUUUGUGAAAAUAGUGGACCGGAACUUGGCAGUGCACGCAAAACACGAGGAGUCAGGGCCCGGAAAAAGAGUGCAGAGGGAGUUUACACGAGCUUACAUUCUUCCAGAAGGCGUAGACACCUCAAAACUGACCUCUUCACUAUCUUCUAACGGCGUACUGACCAUAGAAGCCCCUAUAUAUAAAAACGAGGACUUAGCUGUGAUGUCAUCAUGACUUUUAAAUUACUGUAGUAUACAAAACAUUUAUAAUGUUGUGUGUAUUUGGAGUGUUUAGUUAAUCCAAAUAUUUUGGUAAGAAAAUUUACUUCUAUAUGUAGUUUGUCAAGAAUGUUGUUUUUCCUCGUACUUUUAUGUUUGUUAAAAGUUGACAUUCUUAGAUAAUAAAUUGAUUAUGUGUCA